CCGGCGGGCGGCGCUGCGGGAUCACGUGGGCCCGGACAUGGCGGACGGUGGGAGCGCGGCGCCCAGGCGGUCGGCGGAGCUGCUGAGGGUCGGCGGUCCGGAGGGAAUUGAACGGAAGCUUCUGAUCAGUACCGAGUGUUCCAGGGCUCCUUCCCGUCCCAAAAUAGUGAGGGUUCCCAGAAGUGGAGUGCUGGACAGACUGCAGGACUUCUUGCCACAGAUGGCGAGUGCAAACAUGGAGCUGAGGAGACAGAUGGAGACAACUGAUCAGAGCCAUUUCGACAUUGAGAAUGUGGACGAUUGCCCCAACAGGGUGAUUGAAAUGAACGUCUCUCUGUUUGAAGUGGACAGUGAAAGUGGAACAGAGGAGUUGACGUCCGAGGAUUCCCAGUCCGACACCGAGUCGCUUGGGGAGGUGACGGAAGCAAAUCUCAAGUUACCUUCAACCCACCGACAGCGGAAAGGCCAGAUCGAGGUUGUGUCAGUUGGUGAGACAGAGAGUGACUGAGAGUCCCGGCUCACUGUCCGUCAUUUCCCGUUGUAUAAAGGGGCUGGGAGCGCGGUCUGUGGAAUUGUGUCCUCGUGGAUGGGAUCAUUCAACCUCGGUAUCACGAAGGGCGAUCACACGGGAGUCUCCAUGGAAACAUGUUACCCUGUGGAUGGACCAGUGAGCUGCCUGAUGAUCAGUGGUGUCAGACUGACUGAGAGAACUGUUGUUCGAAAGGAAUAAAGCAACCAGAAGCCUGUUGAUGAACAUCA